UAUCGGAGCACAAUGAAAGCCUGUGUAUCGCCGUGACUCCGGGCUGCGGAGCCAGUGUCAGCCCAGCGGCGAACAACAGACGGGAAAGAGAAAGGAAAAGACCAGCUACUUUCUUUUCCAUCUCUAAAGCGGAACAAUCCAAGAGAUAGAACCACAUUGCUUAUUGCGAGUCCAGACCCUCAGAUCCACUGGCCGGGGAUGGAAUGUACAAAAGUGGACAGAAAAGUGGCUGGACAUGACUCGGUGCAAUUUGCUGGAAGUUUGUAAGUUUGACCAUCGUUUGUAAAUUACUCUCGGAGGAGUUUGUCUCUCUUGAUAACUGUAUUAGGAUCGAGCCGGGGGUGAAGACUAGGAACGUAAGCGGGAAAGAAAAAAAUGUGUUGAAGGAUCUCUCUCAGUGGCUAGUGACUUCAGACUGCUUUCAUUUAAGGCUGGGAAACCUUAGAGGGAAUGAGGAUUUUACUGGUGAUUGGAUUAGCCGAAGAAAAAAGCAUGGUCCAAAAGUCCAGUUACUGGUAUUAACAAUUGAAAAGCUGCCUCCCGUUCUUUGGGGAGAGGAUCACAUCCUGCAGUCCCCCAAAGGGGAGAAAACACCGGAGCAAAGGGAAAGGGAGGAAAAAAUUAAAAGCCAAAGGACAGUAUCUCUUGAUUUUUGUACGUUUUGAACAUUGACUUCAAAAAGCUUCUGAAACAGCACUUUUUUUUUUUUAUUUUUAACCUGAGGAAAAGUAAAGGCCGUGGGUUACAGAGACCAUGGUAGAAAUGGGUUUCUCUGCAGAAACAUCCCCAUAAAGAAUCUUCCAAAACAACUAGGUGAGGGGGAGUCCAGCUCUGUAUUAAUACCUCUCACAAUUCCCUUUGCUGUCUGUUCCUGUCUCUCACUUGACAAUCCCUGAAUUCUUGCUCUUACCCCCAGAUCGAUCGUGUGUUUACAAAGUACCUAGUGGCUCUUGUCAGCUUGGUGGGGGGAGAAAAACCCCACUAACUGUCCAACUUCUCCAGAGCUGUCAAAUGCAAUUAGAGUUAAGUUGAUCAGGGUUUGUUUCCAACUUACGCUCUGCGAUUGGCUUCUAUUCUUUCUCCUCACCCUCUUUUACUCCCUCCCCUCCCCCAUACCUUCUCCACUACUCCCCCCAACCUCUGAAGACCUCUAUUCAUGUGGCCCUGAACACUGAGCGCACAUUGUCAACAGCAGAUUUGCCUGCACUAACCAGCCAUAGCCUCCUUCCACCUCACCAUCCCAGAGGCAGCAAUCAUUGUGUCCAGUAAGAUGGGGGACACAGCGCCCCCGCAGGCCCCCACAGGAGGGUUAGGGGGGGCCCCUGGGGCGGGGCUCCUUGGAGGGGGCUCGGUCACCCCGAGAGUGCACAGUGCCAUCGUGGAGCGCCUUCGGGCACGGAUCGCCGUCUGCCGCCAGCACCACCUGAGCUGUGAAGGACGCUACGAACGGGGUAGGGCCGAGAGCUCAGACCGGGAAAGAGAGAGCACCUUGCAGCUCCUGAGCCUCGUACAGCACGGCCAGGGGGCGAGGAAGGCUGGCAAACACACCAAGGCCACUGCCACUGCUGCCACCACUACAGCCCCUCCCCCGCCACCUGCUGCCCCUCCUACAGCCUCCCAAGCGGCCGCGACAGCGGCCCCACCGCCCCCACCAGACUAUCACCAUCACCACCAGCAGCACCUGCUGAGCAGUAGCAAUAAUGGUGGCAGUGGUGGGAUCGACGGGGAGCAGCAGCCACCGGCUUCAACCCCGGCGGACCAGAGGAACUCGGCCCUGAUUGCGCUCCAGGGUUCCUUGAAAAGAAAACAGAUAGUUAACCUGUCCCCUGCCAACAGCAAGAGGCCUAAUGGCUUUGUCGACAACUCAUUCCUUGAUAUCAAAAGAAUCCGUGUUGGGGAAAACCUCACUGCAGGACAAGGGGGCCUCCAAGUAAAUAAUGGACAAAGUCAUAUGAUGUCAGGGACCUUGCCCAUGAGCCAAGCACCCCUGAGAAAGACUGCCACGCUGCCAGCCCACACACAUUCUCCUGGAAAUGGUAUGUUCAACAUGGGCUUAAAGGAAGUGAAGAAGGAACCGGGAGAGACUCUCUCUUGCAGCAAGCACGUGGACGGUCAAGUGACCCAGGAGAAUAUUUUUUCUAACAGGUACGGAGAUGACCCCGGAGAGCAGCUGAUGGAUCCCGAGCUGCAGGAACUGUUCAAUGAACUGACCAAUAUAUCUGUGCCUCCCAUGAGUGACCUUGAGCUUGAGAACAUGAUCAACGCCACCAUAAAGCAGGACGACCCGUUUAACAUCGACUUGGGUCAGCAAAGCCAGAGGAGCACUCCCCGGCCGUCCUUGCCCAUGGAGAAGACGGUGAUCAAAAGUGAAUACUCACCCGGCCUGACCCAGGGCCCCUCGGGCUCUCCUCAGCUGAGGCCCUCAUCCGCCGGCCCUGCGUUCUCCAUGGCCACCUCGGCCCUCUCCGCUUCCUCCCCGAUCCCUUCGGUCCCUCAGAGCCAGGCUCAGCCCCAGACGGCCUCAGGAGCAAGCCGGGCCCUGCCGAGCUGGCAGGAAGUAUCCCACGCCCAGCAGCUCAAACAGAUCGCCGCUAAUCGUCAGCAGCACGUCCGGAUGCAGCAGCACCAGCCAACCAGCUGGCCAGGCUUGCCCUCUUCGGCGGGGCCCUCCCCAGGUCCAUUUGGGCAGGAGAAAAUCCCCAGCCCCUCUUUUGGCCAGCAGCCAUUCAGCCCCCAGAGCUCCCCCAUGCCGGGGGUCGUGGGCGGUGGCAGCCAGUCGAAGGUCAUGGCGAACUACAUGUACAAGGCCAGCCCCUCGGCCCAGGGAGGGCCUCUGGACGUGCUCCUGCAGCAGAAGCCUCAGGAUCUUAGUCGGAGUUUCAUGAACAACCCACACACAGCCAUGGAGCCCCGACAUGGCAGCACCAAGCCUUUGUUUCAUUUUAACUCAGAUCAAGCCAACCAGCAGAUGCCUUCCGUUUUGCCUCCCCAGAGCAAGCCUCCUCUCCUGCAUUAUACCCAGCCGCAGCCACAGCCGCAGCAGAGCGCGAUUUCAGCUCAGCCGCAACAGCAGCCGCAGCCGCAGCCGCAGCCGCAGGCACAGCCGCAGCCGCAGCCGCAGCAGCAGCAGCCGCAGCAGCAGCCAGCAGCUCAGCCCACCCAACCCCUCUCGAGCCAGCCUUUGCUGAGGUCGCCAUUACCACUUCAGCAAAAGAUCCUGCUGCAGAAGAUGCAGAGUCAGCCCAUCACAGGACUGGGGUACCAAGUCUCCCCACAACACAGACAGGAUCAACACUCUGUGGUAGGCCAGAACACAGGCCCCAGUCCAAGUCCCAACCCCUGCUCAAAUCCAAACACUGGAAGUGGUUACAUGAACUCCCAGCAAUCACUGUUGAAUCAGCAAUUGAUGGGAAAGAAACAGACUCUACAGAGGCAGAUCAUGGAGCAGAAACAGCAGCUUCUCCUCCAGCAGCAGAUGCUUGUUGACACGGAGAAAAUUGCUCCACAAGAUCAGAUAAACAGACAUUUGACAAGGCCACCCCCAGAUUAUAAAGACCAAAGAAGAAAUGUGGGCAACAUGCAGCCAACAGCUCAGUAUUCUGGUGGUUCAUCAACAGUGAGUUUAAACUCUAACCAGGCUUUGGCAAACCCAGUUUCAACACACACCAUUUUAACUCCAAAUUCCAGCCUCAUGUCUACUUCUCAUGGGACAAGAAUGCCAUCCUUAUCCACAGCAGUUCAGAACAUAGGGAUGUAUGGGAAUCUGCCUUGCAAUCAACCUGGAACAUACAGCGUCACUUCAGGAAUGAAUCAGUUGACCCAACACAGAAACCCAAACCAAUUGAUAGCAAAUCAAAACAACCCUCUGAUGCCCCGGCCACCCACUUUAGGGCCCAGUAAUAAUAAUAAUAAUGUGGCCACUUUUGGAGCUGGAUCUGUUGGCAAUUCUCAACAAUUAAGACCAAACUUAACCCAUAGUAUGACGAGCAUGCCAGCACAGAGAACGUCGAAUGUAAUGAUCACAUCCAACACAACGGCACCAAACUGGGCCUCUCAAGAAGCAACAACCAAACAGCAGGAAGCGCUGAAAUCUACAGGAGUCCGCUUCCCCCCAGGCACACCUACAGCCUAUACUCCAAACCAGUCACUGCAACAGGCGGUAGGUAGCCAGCAAUUUUCCCAGAGAGCAGUGGCUCCCCCUAAUCAGUUAACACCAGCAGUGCAAAUUAGACCCAUGAACCAAAUGAGCCAGACGUUAAAUGGACAAAACAUGGGUCCACUCAGAAGUCUGAAUCUCAGACCCAAUCAGCUAAGCACACAGAUUUUGCCUAAUUUGAGCCAGUCAGGAACAGGGUUGAGUCAGUCGAGGACAAGCAUAAGCCAGCCAUCAUCCCUGACAGCCGGCAGUUUUCCUUCACCCAACCAAAGUUCCAGGGCUUUUCAAGGAACCGACCAUGGUAAUGACUUAGCUUUUGACUUUCUCAACCAACAAACUGAUAACAUGGGCCCUGCCCUAAACAGUGAUGCUGAUUUCAUUGAUUCUUUAUUGAAGACAGAGCCUGGUAAUGAUGACUGGAUGAAAGACAUCAACCUUGAUGAAAUCUUGGGGAACAACUCCUAAAGAAGAAAAGGGAGACAAUUCACAAACUCCAAGCACUAAAAGGCAGUAUUUUACAAGGACUCUGUAAAGGCCAAACUGUUGACUUUUAGUUGGACUCUAUGAAGAUACCUUGGCUUAAAAAUGGAAAGCAGAAAGUAACUGUAGCGGUGAACAUUUUGGUCCAAAUGCUUGUUUUAAAUCUCAAACCUGGAAGUAAAACAUUGGGAUCACUUUUUCCCUGUCUACACCCCAGGACACAGUAUCCAGUUUAUCCAAACAGAACUGUGAUGUUGAUGUGUAAUUAGUUGUGUAAAAUAGGCUUCCCAAGCUCCUUUUCUCCCUGAAAGAAAAGUAAUAGAACUUCUGGCUUGUUUAAACCCCACGUCAUGCGGAGGUACUAGUUCCAAGCAACAAGCAACAAAUUCCUUAAUUUUCUCUAACAGAUAUGAAGUGUGGUUUAAUCCCUCCACUUUGUCUUUUCAUUUAGGUUUCCUAAAACUUCCAGGGUAGAUUGAAAUGUUACAGAUUUGUUUGGAGUAACCAAACAGUGUCCUAAGUAAACGAAAACUGGAGAACAUAGAGAACACCCAGUGGACUAUAGAAUUUCUUCCCCAGAUUCACCCCCUCACUUUUUCAGUUUUCCCACAUAUCCUAUACUUCAAGAUGCUGUGUCUAGUGAUGAAACAAGAACGCAGAGAUGGCCAACUUUUUUCCACAACCAAUUUCCAAAUCCAGUUUCUGAAUCUUAGAUUCAGUCGCGACCUAUCCUAAUCAUACUGAAAUGUUAGUGCACAUGUGUCUGCAUCAGAUUUCACUACUUAAAAGGGAAAACACCACAUUGGGCAUUGCUAUAAAGGAGAUGUAUUUGACCACAAAUAACUUGGGGUGUUGCUUACUGUGAUGAUGACUGCUGGUUAGUCCCCAAGCUGAGUGAAAUUGAGCCUGGCCCUCUCUGCUUAUUUUGAUGACCAGAGACUGAUUUGUAAGAAAAGGAAGUUUGGAGACCAAAGCUGACAGUAGAAGGUACCAUGUUUUGGUUGAAGAUAAGAAGCAAAAGGUCAGGACCAGGGAUGGUGGGUACGGGUGUGUACAAAUCUAUUUCAUAGGGUUUGAAGGAAAGCAUAAUUGAGACAAAAAAUAAUCUGGCCUUAUUUGGACACAUUAUUUGGGUGAACAGCUAAAUAGAAUGUGAUCUAUUAAUAGCAGUCUACUCAUUCUUCUGUCCCUGAUGGGAUGAAUCAUUGCCACAUGCUAGAUGGGCCCUUCAUAUCCAGGUUUUCUCCCUCAGGGCUGAGCACUGUAUCAAAGAAAGAGUUCCUAUUGAGUUGUGUAACAGAUCAGCUGCAAAAUGGCAAAGAUGUGUGCUGAUUUGGGAUGUAUGCAAAAUAUCUCUAUCAUUUUCCUCAUUACAGAGGAACACAGGUUACCUUCAGCUAUUUUAGUUAUACACUCUCGUAUUCAAUUAUCAAGUGAUAUUUAACUGAAAUCAUUUAAUAACUCUUUAAAUACCUUUCUAAAAAGAACACAUUUUGAAAGUUCUGCAAAGCCCUCUUGCAAUCUUUAAAAUGUCUAGAAGCACUCUCUUUUACACAAUACCAACAUCACUGGCCCGGAAUCUUUUCUGUGCUAGGCUGUAAAUAUAAAUAAAUUACUUGUUUUGUAAACUUUUGUAAAGAAUAUUUUGGUAGAAAUACUUAAAGCAUAUUCUUUGGGUUAUAUUUAUACAUAUGUGAAAUAAAUAUACUAUCAAAAGGUUAUAUUUUAUACAAAAAGUAAAUUGUUACCUUUUGUAUGCUAAUAUACAAAGUUUUGUAUCAUAUGAUGGUUUAUUUUUAGCUCUUACACUUCAACCCUAGGUGGUCAAGUGGGAACUUUUGAAAACUAUCAAGAGGCUUGUUAGACAAAUUUAUAUUCUGAAACCUCAAUAAGAAAGCAUUCCAGGUUUCAACUUUCCUUUUUUUUUUUUUCCUGCUCCCAAAUUCUUUUUUAAACCCAUAGUUGUGUCUUGUUUGAUUAUUCUGCUGUGCACAUUGUAUUGGUCCUUGUUGCAUGUGGUCUACUGUGUGUUUUCCCAUUUUAGAAAACAGUGUUUCUCCAUGCAAAAAAGUAAGGAAAAAGUUAUGUACAUAUAAACACUUUUAUUUUAUGGCUCCUCCAUGUUACUGUAUAUAUCUGCCAGCACAUCCCAGUUACACUCCUGUGAUUCAGCUUAUUUUUACCCUAACAUAAAUAGUAUGUUUUGUAGUAGCUAUCAAAUUUAAGAGAGAGAGCAAUCAAAAUGUUUGGAUUUUCUUCUAUCUUAAUGUGAAUUUCAUAAUUAAUGUCUAUUUAUUCAGCUAUUCAUUAAAAUACAGGAUUCUUUGGAAAAAAUGGUGUAGUCUAUAGUUUCUGUUUGUUGGCAGCCUAUUACCAAAGAUGAUGUAAUUUUCCUGAAAGCUGAGAUAAUGACGAUUUGAUAGACAUAUGCAACCAAAACUUAAGGAUUUACAACUUAAAAGCUAUGGAAUACAAUUUCCCUUUUACAGAAAUACCAGACUACUUAACUGUUGGCAUUGUUUAUCAUUCUGACACAUUAUACACGAGAUAGAAGUAAUUUUCUUUUUUUUUUUUAAAUUCAAAGACUAGAAAGUCAUUUAAGCAAAUAAUUCAUUCUUGGCUUUGUGUUAAGCCCAAUGAAGACAAAUAACUCUGCUCUAAGUGAAUGCACUAAUAUUACUUGCGUUACUGUAACUGUACCCAUAACUGUAAAGAUUUCAACUUGUAAGACAAGUAUUUUGUAUCGCGUGUAAUUUCAUGUGUUAAAAAAAUAGUUUAAAAAAUUCAGAAGUGGUUCUCUUGUAUGAAAUCAUGCUUUCAGUCACCAACAAUGUUGUUGCUCUAUCACAGAAAGUUCUGAUGGGCAAAUUUAUUCUCUGGGAAGCUUCUAAUACUAGUGAAAUGCUGAUGUGACCCAUUUCAAUAUUCUUUACUUCGCUUAGAAAGUUUGUAUUAAGAUCCCAUAUGCACAGCAACUACUAAAUACUGGAGAAACACAGCCUAAUUCUCAGGCACGGCGGACCUUUGCCUGGCCUGCUGUGUGGCAUUUGGGCAGACCAGGCUGA